AUGAGCGUAGCACAUUUAGAAAUUCUUACUGAUUCAAACAACUUUCAAUCUUCUCAUAUUAAUUCUGCAUCGCAGAGUAUUUUCCAUGAUAAUAUAAAUUACGAUUAUUCUCAACAAACAGAUUCUAUUACCAUCCCAUCUCAAUUAUAUUCUGAACAAUCUUAUUUUAUGAAUCAAAACGAUUUAUCAAAUCAACAAUAUUCAAUCAAUCAACAUUUACUUCAAAGUAUACCGAUUCAUCCAACCAAAUUUUUUUAUCAGCCACCAAAUGAUCCUUUCAAUUAUCACAUUAAAUGUGAAAAAGUUUCUAACCAAUCAUUAAAUAAGUCAAUUAAUAAACAAUUAAAAGAAAAUGAAUAUACGUUCUUUUAUUUACAAUUAAGUGACUAUCAAUCUUAUCAGAUAACAUGCGAAAUGUUUACUCCUUCUUCGAUUAAUAAUUAUUUGAAUAAAAAUAUUUAUGGUAUCGAAGUUGAACAGAUACAAGAAGAGCUUGCUAUAUUUACACCUUAUCACAAAGAAAAUCUUAAAUCCUAUUUAACACAAUACCUAAGUUAUUAUAUACUUAAUUAA